AACACCCCUCCUCCACCUGCUCUCAGUGUAAAGGUCUGGUUUCAUGGCUGAGUUUCUGUUUCUUCUCUCUUGUUUCUGAGCACCUGCGCCUGCUGCCUCCUGUCCAGCAAGCAUACUUCUGAUGCCUACUGAGAACCCCAUUUGCCUUCCCAACCACCCACUCUCCAUUGUCAGACCAGGUUCUCAGUACUUGCCAGAGAGACCCGAGGUAGACAGCGCCAUGAAGACACACUGAUCUCUCUCACUGCACGACCACUUGAACCAAAUCACUGCUGACAAGCGGUCUCAGCGCAGACUAGAGACAGCGAGGGAGAGAGAGAGAGAGAGAGAGAGAGAGAGAGAGCAGGAGAGCUCUGUGGACUAUCCCUCAGCCGACAACACACACAGAAACAGGGUUUUGAACCUGCAAACCGAGGAGCUUUUGUUACAUCUCUUGUUGUGUUAUAUAAAACCCUGCCAAGAUGGAAGAAGAUAUGGAUGAGGGACAGACUCAGAAAGGAUGCCUGGAGUGCUGCAUCAAAUGCCUUGGCGGUAUCCCUUACCCAUCCCUAAUCGCUACCAUCCUGCUGUACGCCGGGGUGGCGCUGUUCUGCGGCUGCGGGCACGAGGCCCUCUCUGGCACCGUCACCAUCCUGCAGAACUACUUCGAGGUGGUCAGAGGACCCGUGGAUGCCCUGGAUGUGUUCACCAUGAUUGACAUAAUCAAGUAUGUGAUCUAUGGCAUCGCCUCAGCAUUCUUUGUCUAUGGCAUUCUGUUGAUGGUGGAGGGCUUCUUUACCAGUGGAGCCAUCAAGGAUCUUUAUGGAGAUUUCAAAAUCACCACCUGUGGACGUUGUGUCAGUGCUUGGUUCAUCAUGCUGACGUACAUUUUUAUGCUGGCUUGGCUUGGUGUGACGGCGUUCACCUCCCUCCCCGUCUUCAUGUACUUCAAUAUCUGGACAAUUUGCCAAAACACCACCGUUCUCGAGGGGGCCAAUCUGUGCUUGGACCCGCGCCAGUACGGCAUUGUGCCAAUUGGCGAGGGGAAAACAUUAUGCGCUGGAUCUGAGAAGUUUUACAAAAUGUGUGAAUCCAAUGAGCUGGACAUGACAUUCCACCUGUUUGUCUGUGCUCUGGCUGGAGCUGGAGCAGCUGUUAUUGCUAUGAUCCACUACCUGAUGGUGCUGUCGGCCAACUGGGCCUACGUGAAGGACGCGUGCCGGAUGCAGAAGUACGAGGACAUCAAGUCCAAGGAGGAACAGGAGCUCCACGACAUCCACUCCACCCGCUCCAAGGAGCGUCUCAAUGCCUACACAUAAGGCCAUUGUGAGCUCCGCCCCUGCCCCCCCCUCCACCAUCUUCUAAUGAGGCGGGUGGGUGGCGCCAGAGGUCCUCGCCACCGGUGAUGUCACCGGUGUGUCACAUGACAAAGUCCCAGGGACCCUCUCACAACCCCACUAAAGAGCAUUUCAGAUGACAACCCCCUAAUACCUCUCUAAAGAACUAUAUUAUUAUUCAUAUUAUUAUUUUAUUAUUAUUACUUAAGAUUAUUGUUUUUGUUAAUAUUAACAUUAUUAUUAGUAUCAUCAUUAUUAUUAUUAUAACCACCUGUAUUUUAUACUGUUUUUAUUGUAAUUUGUAGUUCAGCACGUAGUAAAACUAGAAGUAGGCUAGCAACAGAAAUGUUCCUAUACUUUGUACUGUGGCAAAUGUUAAUUGUUUUUAUUAUGUUCUUUUCAUGAUAUUAUUUAUUUAUCUUCUUUAUGGAGGUGGUCAGUUGGGGCUUAAAAGGGUUUCAAGCACAUUUCUCAUGUUUGUGUAUCUAUAUAGAUCUCAUUUUCAUGAACUAUGUACAUGGAUAGGCGAUUAGUUUUGAAGACCUAAAUAUUUAUAAUCACACAAAGGAACUUUAAAAGCUUUUGAAGCCUUUAAAUACCAGUACUGCCAGGGAUCGAAAUAAGAACUUUGAGGUAAGAAUAAUUUGAAUCAUACUAUAUAGCCUGUUUUUCUAACUGUAAUUACAGAAUAGAGUUGCCAAAUUUAAAUUAAAAUCAAAAAUGUUAUUUGCUAGCUGUGCCAAGCCUGUUAAACAGGACACUUAAGUCAAAAUCAAAGAAGACAUUAGUCGCCAAAAUGAUAAAUGAUGCAUUAUUUUAUUACAACAUGAGGCAUGCCAAUUUAAAGCUAUGUAUCUAAAGACUGUGAAUGAAUCCGUUGUCUUUAUCAUACAUCACACCAGCACAUGCAAAAUGUCCUCAUACCCAUUUUUUUAUUUCAUAAAGUGUAACUUUAUAAAUACUAGUAGGAAAUACAUUUUUGCAAAUAUCUGCACUGUAAAUAUAUUGAAAUAUGAAUGCAUACAUAUAUGUUAAGCACAUCAAAUUCAGGACAAUAGAAUACAGUUACUGUGGCUGAAUCCAAUAUUCAGCAAUCAUAAACAAAUCUUGAUGCUUAAAGAGUUGGUGUAAUUUAACACUUUUUGGUGGAUUUACCAGACGUAAGAAGAGUCUGUCACGGUAAGUUAUUUUGUUAAUGACUGUGUAAACGUUUGAUUGCCUUGCUAACAUGUUGUUAUGCCAUAGGACUACGAAGUUGGCCUAUACCAUUUCAUUGCCUGGCAAUAUCUGUUAUGUCAGUAUUUUCUAAGAGCUAGUUUUGUGCACUUAUUUGACCAUUUCUGUGCUCUAUCUAGGUGUAUGCCCAUGGGUGCUCAGCUCAGAGUUGAAUAACUGUACUGUUAGGUAAAGACUGUGAAUUUAGAUGUUUUUCGUGGCAUGGACAUGCGUUAAUGGUACAGUAUUAUUGACUCAAGUCUUUUUAUUUAACUUUUUUUCUUUUAACACUUUGCCUGUCUUGCUGGGUCGAUCUUCUUUUUAAAUGUGCAGUGCUAACCCUAAUCCACGCUUGACUGCAUUAGGCUUCUGAUAGUACACUGUAGUGUUUGAAUAGUGUCCAUUUAGUUUGUGAUGAACUUUCAACCAUGUCUUAAACUGAUUCUAGUACCCACAUUGCUUCUUCCGUAAAUGACCUGACAACGCUUUUCGCUUUUAUCUUUGUAUUAGUCUUUUAUACUUUAACAAAGAAUGCUAACUUAAGUAGUAGCUGUCUUUUAAUUUCGUCUGUUUUUUUGUUUUUUUUACAUACCAUACAUGUGCCAAGAGCUUUAAGCUUUUCUGACCUAUAUGAUCAAAAUGUGCUUGCAUGAAUUAAAAUCACUUGUGUACUUGUUAAUAAAAAAUACUGGGU